AAGCCAACUCAUACAUGUUAUAAUAUGCAGUUUAUGCAUUAAUCUGUAACGAUGAGGAUCGCUUUUGUGAUUGGCUUUUUUAAUCUUGUUAUGGCCCAAAUGGGGUCAUGGCGUGGUCGGUAUGAAGCAUUUGACGAAUCUAAACCUCGGAAUUUUGUUGCUCUUCAAUUACUGACAGGUAAUCCUGAUGGAAACAGUUUCGAAAAUAAAGAAGUGGAAUUACCUGGAUAUGAUGGAUUUUAUAAUAAUUUGGAUCAACCAAAUUUAGGAGCUAUAGAUGGUCAUCUUUUAAGAAGAACUCCAGCUGCUUACGCCGAUGGGACUUACCAUCCCACCGGUGCAGAUCGCCCAAAUCCUUUUGAUUUAAGCGAUCAACUCCUUUCUGGCGAAAUAGGAACGAUGUCCAAAACAGGAAAAACCGCGCUUUUAGUUUUUUUUGGUCAACAAGUUGUCGAAGAAAUUUUAGAUGCCCAAAGACCAGCUUGCCCACCGGAGUAUUUCAACAUACCCAUACCAGGAAAUCAUAAAUACGCAAAAAUGCACAGUGAAAUGCCGUUAUUGCGAACCCGUUACGAUCAAAAAACUGGGUAUUCACCAAAUAAUCCUCGACAACAAUUAAACGAAAUUACCCCAUUUUUAGAUGGAGGGUUAAUGUACGGAAUAACUAAACAAUGGGCUGAUCAAUUAAGAACUUAUUCAGAUGGGACUAUUGAUAAAGAUGGAAAAUUGGCUUAUAGCCACGGUGGUUUAUUUCCAGAAUACAACACUCAAAGAUUGCCACUCGCAAAUCCACCACCACCAGCUAGACAUUCUAUUUUCGUUCAGCAACAUGAAUUAGAUAAAGUUGAAAGAUUUUUUAAACUGGGAAAUCCCCGUGGAAAUGAAAACACUUUUCUAUUAACUUUCGGUGUUUUAUGGUUUCGUUGGCACAAUUUCUUAGCACAAAACAUCCGAAAUUUACAGCCAAACUGGUCAAGCGAUAAAGUUUUUAACGAAGCAAGAAAAUGGGUUAUAGCAACUCAACAACACAUCGUUAUCGACGAAUGGUUACCAACAUGGUUGAAUAACCCUCUUCCACCAUACAAAGGAUACAAUCCAUCGAUUAAUCCACAAAUUGAUCAACUUUUUCAAACGGCUGCUUUUCGUUUCGGACAUACUUUAGUUCCACCUGGAGUUUACUUAAGAGAUUAUGGAAGAGAUGGUUGCUCGACAACAUUUAAAAACUGGGAUAAAUUUGCUGUUAGAACUUGUAAUUCAUUUUGGCGCCCACAAGAUGCUCUCAAAACUAAAGACGAUAAAGACAACCUUAUCGAUAUCGAUCGGCUUUUAAUGGGAAUGGCUUAUCAAUUAUGUGAACGAGAAGAUCAUAGAAUCGUUGAAGAUUUAAGAGGAAACGUCUUUGGCCCAUUAGAAUUUCCAAGAAGAGAUUUGAUGGCGGUAAAUGUCCAAAGGGGAAGAGACCAUGGAAUUCCAGAUUUUAACACCGCAAGAGAGGCUUUUGGUCUUAAUAAAAUAGAGUCGUUUGAUCAUUUUAAAUAUGCUGAAAAAGACAAAGUAGAUAAAAUGAAAGAAUUAUACAAAGAUAACGUAAAUAACAUCGAUGUAUGGAUUGGUGGAAUUUUAGAAACAGAUACUGGACCUGGUGAACUAUUUGAAGCUAUUAUUUUAGAUCAGUUUGAAAGAAUCCGAGAUGGUGAUCGAUUUUGGUAUGAAAAUGAACAAAAUAAAUUAUUUACUAAAGAAGAAAUUGCCAGGAUAAAAGAAUUAAAAUUAUAUGAUAUCAUAAUGAGUGUAACCAAACUAGAUCCUAAAGAUAUCCAACAAAACGUUUUUAGGGCACCUUAUGAACUAGAACAUAUACAUGAAAACUGUAAAAAUCUCGUUCCAAAUGACUGUAAGUUCAAAGACCCUAACGGUGUCGAUUUAAACAAACAAUGUUACCACCUUCCUCAACUCGACGAAAAAAACUUAAAAGAAGAUUGUAUUCAAGGAGAAACUAGAUACGAUUAUUUUUCAAACAGCGCCACAAGCUACAUAUUAACAUUUUUGGGUUUGGGUCUGGUUAUUGUAAGCAUUUUGGGUAUCGCUUAUUAUAAAUUUAGAGAAGCCGAAUUACGAAAAUUUAAAGACAACACUAAAAUUGAUUCCGAAGGAAGUUCUUCGAGCAAUAUGUUUGUUGCUUCUGAAUGGGUACAAAAAAAUUCUUAUCGGCCAAUAAUAAUAAACGUAAUAAAAAAUUUAAAACAAAUUCGAAUAUUAUCAAGGAAAGGAGAAACAUUAAGAAUCCUCGAUUUUACAAAUCCCAAAAAAUCAAUUAUGAUUUACACCGUUAACAAUGAACCAUAUCUGUUUGUAAAACAACAAAACGAUUACGAUUUUGUGGUCCGUUUUGAAAAUAACUUCAUGUUAUCACCAUUUCAUAAAAUUUUAGUUGAUCUAUUAAAGGAGGCUAAUGUUAAUUUCGAAGAAGGCAGUUAUACUUCGUUAAAAGUUGGGUUGAACGUAGCCGAAUCUUACUCAAGUCGGAAAGAAAAAAUCGAUAAAUUUUUCAGAGUUGUUUUUGCGCAAGCUUUUAAAAUCGAUUAUUCAAAGGACGCACUUUUACAGGUUGAUGUUAAAUCGAUGGAACUAACCCACCUUGAAUUAACUUUAUUUGAAUUUGCGGACGCUUUAGGAAUGCAACCUGAAACCGAAUUCGUUAAGAAAAUGUUUAACUUGAUUGAUAAAGAUAAAAAUGGAUUCAUUUCUUUCCGAGAAUUCGCCGACUUAUUAGUAAUUUUUGCCAAAGGUACUGAAACCGAUAAAGCAAAAUUGUUGUUCGAUAUGUACGAUAUAAACGCUGUUGGUUAUUUAACAAGAGAUAAUUUUAUGGAAAUGAUUAAAUCGUUUUUGGAAACUGUUAGUGGAUCUGUUCAACAACAAGAUUUAGAUAAAAGCAUCGCUACCAUGCUAGAUAAAGCAGGAUUCCGAAAUAAGGAUAGAUUAAUGUUUGAUGAUUUUUUAAAACUCAUUGGACCUGAUAUACAGAAUUUAAAUAAGGCUACUUUAGGAUUUAAAGGUGUUAAUAAAGAAAGUACCAAAAUUGAUGCUGCUAGACAUACUAUUGAAAAUCUUUAUGAAACUAAAGAAGAUAUCCAAGCAAGACUUAAAGCUAACGCAAAAACUAAUUCAUCAACGAUUGAUGACAACAUCGAAAAGUCUUUAGCAAAGGGUGUUAAAACGAAGAGAUCUAACAUUAUUUCAAGUACCACAAGUUAUGUUGAAAAUAAUGCUGUUUAUUUGUUUUGGGUUACUCUUUAUACGUUAGUUUUAAUUGGAAUUUUUGCUGAAAGAGCUUAUCAUUAUAGUGUUGAAUCUGAACAUGGAGGUCUUCGAAGAAUCGCCGGAUACGGUGUUACAAUAACAAGGGGAGCUGCUUCCGCCCAAAUGUUCACCUACUCCACCCUUUUAGUAACCAUGUCCAGAAACACUUUUAGUACUUUCAGAGAACUAAGCUUAGGUCAAUAUUUACCAUUAGACUCAGUGAUUGAUUUACACAAAUACAUCGCCGUUUGCGCGUUAAUAUCAACUAUAUUGCACAUCGUUGGGCACGCAUUUAAUUUUUAUCACAUUUCAACACAAACAUCCGAUGAUUUAACUUGUUUAUUUAGAAAUUAUUUCCAUGCAACUCACGAAAUUCCUAAGUUCCAUUAUUGGGCAUGGCAAACGAUCACCGGAUUUUCCGGAAUGGUUUUAGUUGUUUUAAUGGCUAUGAUUUUUACUUUUUCACUUCGGAUUAUUCGAAAACGAUUAUACACCAUUUUUUGGUACAUCCACAAUCUUUACCCAAUCUUUUUUAUUUUUAUGAUUUUACAUGGAGCGGGAAGAUUAAUCCAAGAACCAUUUUUCCAUUACUUCUUUUUACCAUGCUUAAUAAUAUUCGUAAUAGACAAAUUAAUCAGCGUGAGAAGAAAAAAGAUUCAAAUCCCAGUUAUAGAAGCAAAAAUCCUCCCUUCACAAGUCACCAUGUUAAAGUUCAUCAAACCAAGAAGUUUCCAAUACAAAUCUGGCCAAUAUGUUAACAUCGCUUGUUUGGGUCUAAACCCCGGUGAAUUCCACCCAUUUACUCUUUCUUCUAGUCCGGAUGAAACUCAUCUAACCGUUCAUAUUCGAGCUGUUGGACCAUGGACCGAAAGAAUUCGAAAAUUAUAUGAAGAAUCCACAACAUCUUUACCACAAAUUUAUUUGGAUGGUCCAUAUGGUGAAGGUCAUCAAGAUUGGUACGAUCAUGAUGUAUCAAUUUUAAUCGGUGCUGGAAUUGGUGUAACACCUUUCGCUAGUAUUUUAAAAGACAUCGUUUUCAAAUCAAAGAUAGCAAAUAAUUUCCGUUGCAAACAGGUUUAUUUCAUUUGGGUGGCGAAAACCCAACGACAAUUUGAGUGGAUGGUGGAUAUUUUGAGUAAAGUCGAACAAAACGAUUCAGAGGAAAUCGUUAGUGCUCACAUUUUCAUCACGCAAUUCUACGAAAAAUUCGAUUUGCGUACGAUUUUCUUGUACAUUUGUGAACGUCACUACCAAAAAAUAUCUGGGAAAUCUUUAUUUACCAGUUUAAAGGCGGUUACUCAUUUUGGUCGACCGGAAUUUCCUAGUUUAUUUAGAACCAUACAAACUCUUCAUAAUGAAGUGAGUCAAAUUGGUGUUUUUAGUUGUGGAAGUCCUCCGGUUGUUAGUGCAGUUGAACAGGCAUGUUUUGAUUUGAAUAAACAAACUGUUGAAGGACCCAGAUUUAUCCAUAUUUAUAAAAGCUUUUAAAACUUUAAAUAUUUGUUCGCUAACAUUUUUAUUAAAUGUUUUAUAAACUGA